UGACGUCGCACCUAGAAAGUCUUCUCUUCAAGAGGUUGGGCGUUCAUUCAGGCCGUGAUACCGAAAGGCAAGGGAAUUCGACGCGCAGUGACCGUACAAUUCACCAUAGAAGAUGAUGAACCCGGCUCGGUUUAGAAAUGGCGGAAUGAUCCAGUGUCACCUCCUGUACGGGGGAGGAGGGGGGGUUCUCCCUACCAAGGACACCCCGGUGGUCUCCUUAGUCAAGGACACCUGGAGGCCCAUAGACUACAACGGCGACGGCUCCCUCCCUAACUCCCAGGGCGAGCUGGAUGAGGACGAGGAUAUGGAAGUUCAGUCUGAUUCCCGGGGCUCCACCUCACCCCCACUCACCCCCACCGAGGGGCCCCCGGACACCCUCACCAUGGAGACCCGACAACUCCUCUACACCCUCUUCAGGGAGGAGGCCGGGGGGAGCAAAGGGGCCGAGAGCAAUACCAAGGCCCGGACCACCCUCCGCAGAGUCAGCGGGGAGAUCAUCGACAAACACAAGGUGGCCUUCCAAGGAAUGUUGCAAAGGUUGUCUAUACAAGAUGAAAACGACAUUCAAAAACUCUCCGAAGUUCCUUCUAUGGUCUUUAACGAUGGGAUUACGAACUGGGGUCGGGUUGUUACCUUGAUAAGCUUCGGUGCUUUUGUGGCCAAACAUCUGAAGAGCAUGAAGUUGGAGCACUGCAUUCGCCAACUUGCAGACAACUUUGCAGAUUAUCUUAUGACCGAAAAGAAAGAAUGGAUUGUACAACACAAUGGUUGGGAGGGUUGUGUGGAGUUCUUCCAUGUUGAGGACUAUGAAAGUGGACUGAGGACUGUUUUGAUGGCCUUUGCAGGAGUAGCAGGUCUUGGAGCAAGCCUGGCAUACAUGAUCCGGUGAACUCAUGUCUGAAUUGUUGUUGUUUAACGCAUACUGACAAUUACCAACAGUCUCCGCUCAUGGCUUCUAUGAGACAGCACAAAAAGGAGAGAUUUAUUGCUGUCUGCCACCAACCAUUUGCCAGAGUCGGAUGCAAUGCAAGCUUGGGCUAUUCCUUCGACAGAGAAGGAAGAAUUUAUUUUUUAUAGAAAAUAUUCUUGACGAAUGCCAUCUUGUCAAUGUUUAAAGCCUUUAUUUUUUUUUCUACAAAUAAAUUAAUAUAUUUUCGCAAAAAGUUUAACUUUUGUUGAAAAUUUAAAGGUACACCUCUUUCAACUCCUUUGGUGCCCAGAUGAAAACCAUCCAAUGGCACCAAGGGAGUUGAGACUAUAAGUGAUAACUCUGCACCUGUAAGUAAAAUGUAUAUGUGUAAAUAUGUAUAGCUGUUCUGUAAGAAAUGUACAGAUGUGCCAUCUAGCUGGUAUACAAAUACAUCUUACCAUUGUAAAUUUUAUGUUUGUGACCACAGACCCUACAGAAUGGCAGAGAUGGAGGUUUUCUCACUUAUUCAAAUGUUUUUGUUCUUACACCCCCCCCCCCCCCCUUCAACUUCAGACUUUGGGAAUCUUUGGAGCCUAGUUUUGCUUUGUUUGCUCUGCACGUUAAAGAAUCUAUUGAAUAGUCCCUGAAAUUGUAUUUGUCUAAAACCGAUGUUAUAAUUUAUAUGCUAUCAUCAUUUUUUUUUGUUUCAUAUACAUACAUACAUGCAUGCAUACAUACCUACCUAUGGAAAAUUCCACAUCAAAUAAUUCUAGUGGAUUGGCAAGCUACAUUUGCUGAAAAAAAUGCUUCCAAUGGCUCCUUUUUUUAGGUGACAGAUGUUCUGGAAGACCCUCUCACUUGAUGUACAAAUACAAAGCUAACAUUUUCAAUCACAAUUCCCAUGAGGUUCUUAGGCUUGUAUCUUGUUUCAUGUUAAAAAAUCUUUCCUUGAAAUCCCAGCUCCCCCUCUCAGUUGUACGUCCGUCCUUUUUUUUUUUU